AUGCUAAAAAGUCGGUUCAGAUUGCUCGCUCUUCAUUCAUUACGGGAGCACCAUAUAUGGAUGACAGGGACCAGACAGACCGAGAAGCCUGCUCAUAUUUAUUGCUCCUCUGCUGUCAAGGUCCUAUAUAUCAUAUCGCUGAUGACUGCUUCUUUCCUGUUGCUCGUGAACGUCGAGUCGCUCCCGAGAGCAGCAGGUGCUCUCGACUGUGGCGGGAUCGCCGCCGCAGCAAUCCCAGCGUACGCACAGACUCAUGGAGGCGUUGACGGCAGGCGGCUGCCUCCUUGCCUGCUACCUGCUGGUAGUCAACCUCAAAAGGCCACGAUGCUAACGCGAGCAGAGCCGAGUCGUCACUCGGACCUCGCCACGCAGCUCAAAUCAUUGGCGAAAACGUGGUUCUCGUUGCGGGAUCGGCAGAAAGCUGUUCUCUGCGAGGCGCUCAGUAACCCGCUCCGCGGCGCUGAGGCCGCUACCGGACACAGCGCUGCCAACGGUGCACUGCAUGGACAACUGAACCCCGGUUACGAUGCUGCCGCGGCGACCGUAGACGACUUGGACGCGGAAGACGUGUACAGAGACUUUUGGAAGGUGCUCGUCAUCGACCAAACGGCGCGCGAGGUGCUUGCUCCUGUGCUGAAGGUGCCAACACUACGAACGUGCGGCGUUACGUUACACCUGAACUUAGAGAGCUCGCGCCAAGUCAUACCCGAGGUCCCAGCUGUCUACCUGAUCCAGCCGAAUCACGAGAAUAUUCAGACGAUUGUCCGAGACUGUGCUGCGGAUCGAUACGCACACUGCAGUAUAUAUUUUCUUUCGGCUAUCAGCCGCGACGAGCUUGAGCGUCUGGCCGAGGCGCUGGCUCGAGCUCGGCGCAUCGAGUCCGUUACUCGCGUCGUGGACCUGUACUGCGGCUUUGUUUGUCUGAAGCGCAACCUCUUCAGCAUGCCGCCAAGCAUAGCGCGGCGCUCUUUCCAGCGUCUGUUCAGUGCACAGGCCGAUGAGCAGGCGAUUCAGGAAACGAUCGCGACUAUUGUGGAUAGUUUAUUUGCUGUUUGCGUGACCCUAAGAUGUGUGCCGUAUAUACGUUGCCUGCGACGCGGCGCAUCGGAGCGAGUCGCACUGCAACUGUGCGCCAAAAUCUGGGAGUAUAUGCAUACGCCAGGCGGGGCGGCGUUGUUCCGCGAACACAGUGAAGCCGGCCUGCCGCCACUGCGAAGGCCGCUGCUGGCGCUGCUCGACCGUGACGUCGACCUGGCCAUCAUGCUGCACCACGGAUGGACCUAUGAGGCGCUAAUCCACGAGCUCUUGCCAUUCGAGCUGAGCCGAGUCAGCAUGCCGGCAACCAAGCCCGGCACAGAGCGGACGCAGUACGACCUCGAUGACGAGGCCGAUCCGUUCUGGGCCGAAAAUGCUUCGUUGCCGUUCCCGCAAGUGGCGGAGCAUAUCGAAACAGCGUUGACAGCGUACCGUGCGCAGGUUCAGGAGAUCAAUGCACGGACUGGCGGAGGCAGCAAUGUCCAGAAGCUGCUCGCGGAGACGGCAGACGAGACGCAGCUCGAGGCCUAUAUGCAGGCAACCGGCACAAGCACUCGGGAGAUUGCUGACGCCGUCGCCGAGCUUCCGCGACUAACUCGAUGGAAGCGGCAGCUCGAUAUGCAUACGAACAUCGCAUCCGCACUGUUGGAGCAGAUCAAGGCACGGAAGUUGGACCUGUUGUUUCAGCUCGAGGAUUCACUGCUGGAAAGGCCUUCGAGUGUGCAAUCGAACUCGCUAGACCGAUUCAUUGGGGAAGCCGAUCUUCUAGCGAAACCGCAUUCCAGUACGGCCUCCGCGGACGCCUCGUCGUUGAGUCAGCGAGCCCGCGACUGCCUGCGGCUGCUGCUUAUGUACCAGAUCCUCUCGCCGUCAGGAAUUCCGCAGACCAAGCUCGCAGAAUACCGUCAUGUACUCGAUAUCUGUGGCUGUCAGACGAGCGCUCUGAGCUACGUGAUGCGCCAGCGCGCAGCGACACCGCGCCAGCUCGACCCCGCUGCAACGCACAGGGACGGCAACAGUCCGUCGCCGGCACGCAAAAGCAGCAGCCGCAUGAUCGAUCGCCUCACGACAGCGACAGGUGGAGGCAGGGAAAUCUUCGAGUCGCUGGUCACUCGAAUCUAUGAGCACGGCCACAAAGGCCUGACGCAGCUGGCGAGCACCGUGAAGGGCCUGAUUCCCACGACGCGGAGCGGAAUCGUUGCCAGUAUUGUCGACUCGUGGAUGCGGAACGCCUCGCCCGACGAUGACUUGGAUUCGGCCUCGCGGGGCGCGGAACAUGAGCACCCAGGUGCAGCUGCAGAACGUGCAGCCUCAUUACUGCUGGAUCCACUUGCUGCACGAGACGGGCACUGCACAAACAAAGCCUCAUCCCUGCCGCGUGGAUCGUUUACCGAAGCGAUCGUUUUUAUGGUCGGAGGUGGCAAUUUUAUUGAGUGGGAGAAUCUCACCACUCGCAUCCACGACGAUCGCCAGAUUAUCUACGGAACAACCGAGAUGCUCUCGCCCGAGGCGUUUCUCGACGACCUGACCGCUGCCGCCGCAGCAGCCACAAACGCAUCUGAGGACCCCAAGCCACCGCAGCCCUCGAAUGGGUUAUGA